AGUUUUAUAAAACAUUCUAAACAUGUUGAGACAUUUGUUGAUAUUUGCCAUUAUUUUGGUAUCUUAUCAAAUUUUGGCCGAGUAUCAAGAAGAAACUGGAGAUUUUGUCAAAGAAGAUUGUGUUAAGGGAUGGGAACAGCAGCCAGUAGUGUGCAGAGCUCGUAAACGUAUUUUCCAUUGGGAUGACUCCAAAAAAGAAUGCCUCAAACAAUUUUACAGCGGUUGCCACAAAACGAGGAACAAUUUUGUUACAUUGGAAGAAUGUAAAAAAAUAGCCGAACCGAUAUGUAAGGCUUGAUUUACAAUAAACGUUUUCAAAUUUAAUUUGUUGUAUUAAUUAAUGAUAAAACGUACGUGCUGCUAUUUAUAAUUUAAACAUUUCCUGUAGAAGAUUUUUUACUUUGAAAUCAAGAAGUUUAUCCUUUUUGGUACGAAGUAUUUUAAAGAAUGUUUUAAUAAUCAAUAAAGGCAUUUAAUAUUAAUUUAACCCAUGCAUAAUUUUAUUACAACUUAUAUUUAAAAAUAUUAACUAAACGGUGGCGAG